CUCAUAAGCAUCGCUUCGUGUGAAUCUUCCUAAUGAUACGUCUUUGUUUGGGUCCAUUAUUUUGGUUUGGUUAAAUUGCAAGUUUUGGAGUUGUGUUAAUAAUAAACAUAGUAUCAAUUAAUUCAUAGACACACACAUGUACAAGUAAACAACAAAUGUGCGUCAUCGUCAUUUGUAAAAUGUUGUAACUAAUUUGGAUAUAGAAAAAAAAUCAAAGUGAAAGUGGCUUUCAAACGGGUUGUUGCACCAUUUAUCAGGACAAGAUUCACUCCAUGCAAGAGGAAGUUUUCUUGCAUACAUGGCAGUUGGUCUUUAAAUAGGUCGGCCCACCACAAACCACCGUCGUUUGUGAGUAGUAUGCAAUGUUUUAGAGACGCAACAUCAUCCCCUGUCCAAGAAAAGAAUGACGCUUACCGAGAGAAAUUGAAUAAUAAUGUGUUAAAAAAGGCAAAUGCAGAUAUGUCAGUUAAACAGGACGAUAUUAUUCAAAGAAACAUAAAGGAGUCUGGGAAAGAGGAGAGUCCCUCUUGUUCGACGCAAACCAUUCCCAUAAAUUGUCUUUCAGUGUCUUCUGCUCCCCCGGAUAUGCGCCCAAAAUACCGCGAACUGUUGCUGGUGUGCCAAGAGCAGGCGUUACACUUUAAGGAUGACGUUACUGAAAAAGGCCAAAGACUCCAAGCUGCGCUAGUCGUGUGGCAGGAUUUUAUAAUAAUGUCUGAUGGUUUGGUCAGACAAAUUGAAACCUUUGCAAGUAAUUAUGACUUCGAUGAAAGUACUCCUGGCAAUGGAUAUCGAAGCUUUAUUUCUGUUGCGGACUCUUGCAUAGAUUAUGGACUGACAAUUUGUAAAAAUCUCUCAAACUCCAAAUCCACGUUAUUUUUCCGUAAGAAAAGUUACAUGAAGGACAUUGAAGCUUGUUCCCAGUUGCUUUCGUCGUUGUGCUCCUGUAUGAAGUAUUUAUUAAUUCUUCACGAUUGGUCGAACGACAGUGGAGAUUUGGAUUUAUUUGCCAAAGGAAACCAUUCUGCUGAAGAACUCUUCGAAAAGGGGGAAACAAUAAAUCAGUAUAGUUUCUAUGGACGAUGUUUGGGCUUUCAGUAUGGUGAUUCUAUACGUAGCGUUCUGAAAAUUCUCUCAAUAAGCAUGGCUGGAUUUUCAGAGGCUUUUUAUGCCCAUGACAUUGACGGUCCAAUUCUGAAGACAACUCGCAGUGUAUGGACCAGCGGAAAAUAUUUGUUGAAUCCCGAGUUGAGAGCCAGAAGAAUUGUGAAUCUUUCACAAAAUGCCAAAAUUGACUUUUGUAAAUCGUUUUGGUUCCUAGCCGAAUCUGAGCUAAUGCAAAAAAUACCCAGUAUUGUAGGCACAUCCAUAAAAGUCAAUCAAGUUAUAGAAAUACCGUCAGAGCCUUUGCAAUUGCCAAAAGUUUCCACAAAAGAUAGUGCGGAGGAAAUGUUGGAUAUUCCUGUUCCAUCAAGUCAUAUGGGUCCGGGCUUAGUUAUACAAGCGCGACUUUUAUCAUCUCAUCGACGAGAGGGAAUGAUAGGACUGGGUCCUACACGUUUUCGCGGUUGGCGUAAAUUACCCUCUCGUGCCCCUGCCAUAGUUUUCCACUGUCAUGGUGGUGGAUUUGUGGCCCAAUCAUCGAAGUCUCACGAGUCUUAUCUUCGAGAUUGGGCUGUAGCAUUAGACUGCCCUAUCUUGUCAAUUGAUUACAGUUUAGCCCCAGAAGCACCUUUUCCCCGAGCAAUUGAAGAGGUAUUCUAUGCCUACUGCUGGAUGUUGAAAAAUGCCAGCCAUCUUGGCACCAAAGCAGAGCGCGUAGUUUUAGCAGGGGAUUCUGCUGGAGCAAAUCUAUGUAUUGCAUUGGCCUUAAAAUGCAUCGAACAGGGUGUACGCUCGCCAGAUGGGUUAUUCUUGGCGUAUUGUCCGACACUUAUUAAUUUUGUUCCUAGUCCUGCACGUUUGUUGUGUUUAAUGGAUCCCUUACUCCCCUUUGGUUUUAUGAUGAGGUGCUUGCGGGCAUAUGCUUCGCCAAGCCCCGAAGUUUUAAUUGAAAACUUUAAAAACGAUGAAAUGAUAAAGGAGAUACGUAAAGCAUCAGAUGAAGAGCCCCACUAUAAGCUUUGCCUGGAAAGGACAUCAGGUUGCAACACGCCAUCAAAGCGUGGCUCUGCAAUGAAAUCUGCAGAUAAAUCAAAAUGGGAACAGAUUAAGAUUGAUAAAACGGACGCUUCUACCCAAUACGGCAUCGAAUUGGCAGAUGAGGAAACGGAAGAUAGCUCAGAAAAUACAUUUGCCAGCGCAUCCUACCACAGCCAGGCAAUCGAACGAACCGAUAUGCCGGUAGAAGAUGACGAUAAUAGUUCCUGUUUAUCAUUUGAAGAUGAUUCACAACCCAUUGAACACUAUCCUGUGGUAGCAAACAAAAGUUCGGAAUCGGAACAAUACAUAGAUCGUUUUCUUGAAACGUACAUUGUGGAUGCGCCUACCGAGGAAGCAAAAGAAGCAAAUGAGGAUACGAAAGAAUUGAAAACAGUGCCAGCCAAAACUCUUUCCGAAGAAAAUAUUCUUAUCGAUGUCAGUAAAGAUGUUUUAGACUUGGACUUAACGGGAAAGAUUAACAAUGCAGUAAAUAGUAUUAAUGGAAUUAUUCAUCGAUAUACACAGUCUUAUGAAAUAAAGCGAGAUGGUCACCCCCAUAGACCAAUUGAAGAUUUACAAAAAAUGGAUGCGUUGAUUGCCCGAUCGCCCAGUGCUGAGUUUGCCUUUCAAAUACCCAAGGACCCCUUUUUGUCCCCUUAUUAUGCCUGUGAUGAAUGGCUGUCGCAAAUGCCGACAACUAAAAUACUCUCAUUGGAGAUGGAUCCUUGCCUAGAUGAUUGCGUAAUGUUCGCCAAAAAAUUAAAGAAACACAAUAGAUCAGUUACCUUGGAUAUACUAAAGGGCUUGCCACAUGGAUUUUUAAAUUUUACAUUGCUAUCCAACGAAGCCAUGGAAGGUUCAAAGGUCUGCAUAAAUUUGCUAAAACAAUUAAUCCAUGAUGAGACCGAACCAACGCCAAAUUCAACACAGUCCUCCGCGACAGUGAAUGCUACAUUAAUUGAGGCACAACAAAGCUCAGAUAGUAAUCUCCAAAAUUGAAUAAAUCAUUGAUACUGCACUAUAUAUGAAUAUAUACAAAUAUAAAACGUUUUUAGUAUGCACUCUAAAUAUAAAUUCCAAUGCAAUUAAUUAAA